AUGUCCGGAACGGCGCCUAAGCCUGACCAGUCCAGCAAGGACAGCACUGCCAUCGUGACAGUCAACAUCGACGACUUCACGAGAACACGCGACAGUGUCAUCAUUGCUCUCGCGAGCCUCCAAUCCGCUGUUUCUGAUCUCUCGAAAGCUUACAUCAACCACGCCAACACCGUCUUGAACCGCGGACCCUCCGCCCUUGAUAUCGGCGGAAUCACCAGCAGCCUCCUUGAAAAUGGCCUUCUUAAUGUCGCGCGACCCCCGAGUCCAGGCCCCGAAGGCGAGCGCAAAAAGAAGCGCAAGCGGGCUCCUCCGGAUCCCAACGCGCCCAAGCGCGCGCUAACUCCGUACUUCCUCUACAUGCACCACAACCGUCAGAAGAUCGCGGAUGAACUAGGUCAGAACGCUCGGCCUAAAGAAGUCGCAGACGAAGGUACGAGGCGAUGGGCUGCUAUGAAUGCUCAGGAAAGAGAGGUCUGGCAAACACUCUAUAAGCAAAACCUUAAUGUCUAUAAGGCGAAGAUGAAGGCCUACAAAGCUGGUUUGGCUAUUCCAGUGGAAGAUGAGGCCGUCAAUGAAGCUGCAGCCGCACAGCAGCAAUUGCACGAAGGUGUCCGCCAAGCUACGGAAGAUCGCAGCUCUGAGGAAUCCUCGUCAUCAGAGGAAGAAGAGGCCACUCCAGAGCCUCCCCGCGAGCCUACUCCACCUCGCUCUUCCAAGAGACGCCGCACUCUUGAUGCGAAAUUACCAGCGCCUGUCGCUUCUCCACCGAAACCGUCGCCGCCCAAGAAGCCUUCACCUGAGAAAAAGAAAAGGGGAAAGGCUGCAGCGGAGGAGAAGCCAAAACGUGCCCAACCUGCAGUUGCUGAGACACCAAAGAGUGAGAAGAAGACUCGUAAGAAGCGCAAGAGUGAAGCUGCUGCAGCGGAGUAAAUUUGCCAAAACCUUUGAGAAUUAAUCGUAUCGAAUGUGUAUGUUUAGCAGAAUGGAGUCUGGCUCACUUUCGUCUCUGCAAUUUUCACAAUUUGUUCAGGGUUUCGUCUACAUUCGACAUUAUUGUUUGCUCUGCAAUGGAUCUUUUCGCGUGCAUCAAACUUGAGCUGCUGGAGAACAGUCCACUUGACAAGGCAAACGCUCAUAUGUUUCAUGGUUGUCUUCUUUCUUUUUUUUUACUUUUCUUUUUUCUUUUUUUUUUUUUUUUCGGGGGGCUCCCACGGAUUCAUAUUGUACUUUCUUUGAGCCAGCUUUAGGCCUUUCUGUCUUAUCGAUAUU